AACUUGUGCUAAAUUUAGAAAUAACUGAAGAACCUUACAGGCCAUGGCAUAUAAAAUACUUGCUCCGUCGGUAGUUCAGACAUUGUGAUCCAAAGUCCUAACCAAGCCAGUGAAGAUGUUCAUCCAGAGUUUUCUACUGCUAUUGGCAAUUGGUUUCCUGUCUGCAGGACGAGUUUCCCGACCGGAGGAAAGGAUUAUCGGUGGGCAGAACAUUGAAAUAGAACAGGCUCCUUGGCAGGUGUCCCUACAAGUGAAUGGGGAACACAGCUGUGGAGGCUCUAUUUACAGCAAGGAUAUUAUCAUAACUGCUGCCCAUUGCCUUUAUGAAAAAGAACGCCGACUGGAGGCCAAAGAUUUCCUUAUUCGCGUGGGCUCGUCGUUGUGGAACUCCAAAGGAACCCUUGUCAAAGUGGCCGCCAUAAGGUCUCACGAGAAUUAUAACAGUACAAAUUUGACAUUGCCGUCAUGCGAUUAAGUGAGCCUCUUAAUUUCACCGACAAAGUCAAGAGUAUCCCUUUGGCCGAGAGGAAUCCUGCUCC